GUCUGUGACUGCGUGACAAACGGCGUUCCACCUAAGCUGGUCAUCUGAUGACACGUGUCUACUCAGAUGCUGACACGUGUUAAAUUAAUAUUUAUAAUUCAUAAAUUAAAUUUUUUUUCUUCAUUUUGAGCACGUGCAGUUGGCCUUUUAAAGUGUGGAACCGUUAGGUUUGUGGAAGUCUGUGAAUCCAUCGAAAGCCAUUACCACGCCAUCGAAGAGAAAGAGUUUGGAAGAAAGAUGUGGAUGUUGAAAUCUGAAGGAACGGAAAUAGAAAGCCAUUACCACGCCAUCAUAGAAUAUUGAAGUGCUCAAGAUUUGUGGAUCAACAUAAAGGUAGGUUGAUUUGAUUAAUUGGGAAUUUUUUGUGUUUUAGGGUUUGUAAAUGAAGAGGAGUGUUGGGUCGAAGGGUUGUCCAUUGUCUUCGUCUUCUUCUGCGCAAGUGGGAUCUUCUCAUUUUGGAAGAAAAGUUUGUGGUUGUGGUGAUCAAUUAUUGCUUCUUAAAGCAACUACUACAAAGAAUAAUGACAGAUUUUUCUUCAGGUGUCGAAAUUGGGCUACUGAAUCACAUUGUAACUAUUUCCGAUGGGCUGAUGCGGUAGAAGGUGAAGUCGAACGAAAGCCUGAAUGUGACGAACGAAAGCCUGAAUGUGAAGAAGGAGAGAAUGAAAAUUUAAGUGGCAGUGAUACAGUGAUACUUCAGUUGUUGCAGAAGAAUGCCAAACUAAAGAAGAAAUUAUCGAUGGAGAGAAAAAUGGGAGAAAUAAAGUUAUUUUUGUUCAUUUUAUCUUGGGGUUUUACUGUCAUACUUUGUGUUCUAUUUCUGUUAAAGACGAAUUGUAAGGAAUAAGGUUGAAUUUAAGUGCAGAUUCUAG